UGGAUGACAGACAUUUCCUUUCUCUGAGUCUCUGAAACGGUGAAAUACAUGCAAGUAUGGAAGCAUCAAGCAGUAAUUCAGUAGCAGUAUCAAUUAUUUUGAUGGUAAUAGUAACAUUGGGAUGGAGAGUACUCAACUGGGUUUGUUUGAGGCCUAAGAAGCUUGAAAGGUUUCUAAGACAACAAGGACUUGCAGGCAAUCCAUAUAGGUUUUUCCAUGGAGACUUGAAAGAGAGUGUGGCCAUGACCAAGCAAGCAAGAUCUCAGCCCUUUGAUUUUUCACAGCAUCUUGCUCUCCGAGUUGCUCCCUUUCUCCUUCAAAUCCUCAACAACUAUGGAAUUAAUAAUUACAGACUAAAUAUAAUUAAUGCAGGUAAGAAUUCCUUUAUUUGGAUUGGACCAAUACCCAGGGUGAACAUCACGAAUCCUGAGCAUAUAAAAGAAGUAUUUGCAAAAAUAAAAGAAUUUCAGAAGGUAAAGAUGCUUCCACAGUUCAAUGUGUUAGCAACCGGACUUGCAAGCUAUGAUGGUGACAAAUGGGCUAAGCAUAGGAAGAUUAUAAACCCAGCAUUCCAUCAAGAGAAGUUAAAGCUUAUGUUACCUGUGUUUUAUCAAUGCUGUAAUGAGAUGAUUGAAAAGUGGGAGAAGUUGAUCUCCACAAAGCAAUCAUGCGAGUUGGAUGUGUGGUCUUAUCUUCAAAACAUGUCAUGUGAUUGCAUUUCUCGAGCAGCAUUUGGAAGCAAUCAUGAACAAGGAAAAAGAAUUUUUGAUCUCCUCAAAGAGCUAAGCAUUCUCGUAAUGCAAGCUGCACAAUCAGUUUAUAUACCUGGUUGGAGGUUCUUGCCAACUAAAGCAAAUAAAAGGAUAAAAGAAAUCGAUAGAGAAAUACAAGCCUCACUUAAGAGUAUGAUCAGUAAACGUGAAAAUGCAAUGAAAGCAAGUGAAGCCACGAAUGAUGAUUUAUUAGGAUUACUCAUUGAAUCAAACUUAAGAGAAACUAAAGAACGUCUAAAUAUCCAAGAUGUGAUAGAUGAGUGCAAGCUAUUUUACUUUGCUGGGCAAGAGACCACUUCAGUUUUGCUUGUUUGGACUAUGAUCUCACUGAGCAAGUAUCCCCAUUGGCAAGCACAAGCUAGAGAAGAGGUUUUGCAGGUUUUUGGUGGAAAAAAACCAGAAUUUGAUGGGUUGAAUCGGCUUAAAGUUGUAACUAUGAUUUUGUACGAAGUUCUUAGGCUCUACCCACCAGCACUUGCAAUUAGUCGAACUGUUAGUGAAGAAACAAGGCUUGGAGAUUUGAUAUUACCUGCUGGGGUGCAAAUUAACAUGCCAACAGUAGUUGUGCAUCAAGACCCCGAAUUAUGGGGCAAAGAUGCAACAGAAUUCAAACCAGAGAGAUUUAGUGAAGGAGUUUCAAAAGCAACAAAGAAUCAAGUUUCAUUCUUCCCUUUCGGAUGGGGUCCUAGGAUAUGCAUUGGACAAAACUUUUCUCUCCUGGAAGCAAAAAUGGCUUUGGCCGUAAUUUUACAACACUUCUCUUUUCACCUUUCUCCAUCCUACGCUCAUGCUCCUCGCCCAAUUAUAACUCUUCAGCCUGAGCAUGGUGCUCAGUUGAUUUUACGAAAACUCUAGAUGAAUGAGCUCAAUAAAUAAAAACUCCCUAUAUACAUGUACAGAGGUAAUUAUUGUUAAACGAGGAUUAUAUUAUUAUUAUUUUUUUUUUU